AUGGCAUUAGCUCUGUUUUUGUCUCAUGAUGAUCUAGUAAGGUUUUCAGAAGCAAGUAGAGAAGAGAAAUGGAUGGAGGCGAUGAGAAGCGAGAUACAAGCUAUUGAGAAGAAUCAAACGUGGGAGCUUGUUAACCUCCCAACAGAUGCGAAGAAGAUUGGAGUUAAGUGGGUUUACAAGACCAAACUGAAUGAAGAUGGGAACGUUGACAAGUAUAAGGCAAGAUUGGUCAUGAAAGGAUAUGCACAAGAAGAAGGCAUUGACUAUGAUGAAGUCUUUGCUCCAGUAGCUCAUUGGGAUACUAUUCGAAUUCUAUUGGCUGUGGCGGCGCAGAGAGGUUGGAAAGUGUAUCAGUUAGACGUAAAGAGUGCCUUUCUUUAUGGAGAAUUGAAAGAGGUGGUGUACGUGGAUCAGCCGGAGGGGUUCAUUAAGAGAGGAGAAGAAGAUAAAGUGUACCGCUUGAAGAAAGCACUUUAUGGAUUAAAACAGGCCCCUAGAGCCUGGUUUUGUCGGAUUGAUGGAUACUUCAAGCGAUCAGGGUUCACCAGAAGCAGCCAUGAUCAUACUCUGUUCUUUAAACGAGAAGGAGAAAAAUACAUGAUGGUGAGUAUUUAUGUUGAUGAUCUGAUUUUUUCUGGGAAUGAUGAGGUGAUGCUUGAAGAAUUCAAGCAAUCAAUGAAGCGAGAGUUUGAGAUGACUGAUCUCGGGCUGAUGAGGUUCUUUCUUGGUGUGGAAGUCCGUCAAAGCUCUGAUGGAAUUCAUCUCUGUCAGAAGAAAUAUGCCUUGGAGGUGUUAGAGAGGUUCAAGAUGGCGGAUUGCAACCCAGUCAAAAAUCUGAUUGUUCCAGGAGCUAAGCUGUCAAAGGAAGGAGCGGGAGAAGAAAUCGAUGCUACUUUGUACAAGCAACUAGUUGGAUGCUUAAUGUAUGUGGCCUGA